AUGCGUUACCCAGUCCAAGUUACGGUCCCAGCGGGCGCGAAUUCAGUGUAUGACGUCGUGGUGAUUGGAGCUGGUCUAAGUGGCCUUCAAGCUGCACAUACCGUCCGCGCCGCAGGCCUCAAGGUAUGCGUUGUGGAAGCAACAAAUCGGGUCGGCGGAAAGACAUUCUCUGUGCAUUCUAGCGAGAGAGGAUUCAAUGAUUUGGGUGCGGCCUGGAUCAACGAUACGAACCAAAGUGAAAUGUUUGCGCUCUUCCAACGAUACAACAUCGAUGGAUUGAUCCAAAGGGCAUGUGGAGAGGAUGUCGCACUGUUGGAAGAUGGUUCGGCCGUAAAGAAACCAUAUGGACAACCAUUGGGAGACCAGCGUGUCUUUCAACGACUUCUGGAAGUGUUUCGCGAAGAGUCAUCUCUUGUAGAUUUAGACAACCCUGGAAGAUCACCAGGGGCCAAGAAUAUCGAUGCGCAGACAUUCAAAGAAUUCUGCAUCGAAAGAUCAGGAUCGGAGGAUGCAGCUGGUAUCGCGGACUUCUUGACCACCGCCCUUCUUGGUGUGCAGAGUGAGGAGCUCAGUGCAUUGUACAUGCUUCAUUACAUUAAAAGUGGCUGUGGUAUUGACAACCUCAUAUCGGACCAGAAAGACGGAGGGCAAUAUAUCCGAAACAGACAAGGUUCGUACCAUCUCCCUUGA